AUGAUUAUUACUAACUUUUGCGCGCUAUACCUCGAAAUAAGCUAUCACAAAUCUGCAAGAAACAUCAUGUUGUAUAAUCAAACUUUGUCCAUAGUAUUAACAGUGGGGUUACUGUAUUUAUCGGGUGAAGCGGCGGGUGUUUGGCGGCAACGAUGCGGCAAAUCACAGACCGGCACCCGUAUAGUGGGCGGGGAAGAGGCUGUCAAUGGGAAAUGGCCCUGGAUGGUUCGCCUCAGGUUAUGCACGAGUGAAAGCAGUUGUAGCCGAUGUGGGGGUUCACUGAUUAGCGACCAGUGGAUACUGACCGCCGCCCACUGUUUUACCGGUGACAAAAUCACGCAAAUUAGCGCUAGGCUAGGUGAUUAUGACUUUGAUGAUGAACAAUGGAAAGAAUUAAUCGUUCCAGCUAUGCAGCCUCGCAUUCACGAGGGUUACAGCACAAAAACUCACCUCAACGAUAUUGCUCUACUCAAGCUAUACAAACCGCUAGAUCUAACUGGUUUGGGUAUCGAACCAAUAUGCUUACCACCGGCUAAACUAAAAAUUCCUUUGGGCUUUGAAUGCUAUGCCACCGGUUGGGGCUACACAAUAGGCGAUCGAGCGAGCCUCUCGGACAAAUUGCAGCAAGUCAAAUUACCAAUCGACAAUACUGAUUUUUGUCAUAAACAAUUUCGAGAUUUUGACAAUGAUACGCAAUUGUGUGUCGGAACUAAAACCGAGGGCAAAGAUACCUGCAAAGGCGACAGUGGCGGACCUCUAAAUUGUCAAUUAAACAAUGGUGCCUGGGUGGCCGAGGGUAUUGUGUCAUUUGGUAAUGACACAUGUGGUAAUGAACCAAGCGUUUUUACCCGAGUGUCCUCCUAUAUACCAUGGAUUGAAUACAAUACUGGCCUAAAAUUUUAA